ACGCAGUUAAGGGAGUAAUGCAUGCAAGCACUUCGGGUAAAAAGGCCAGUUUAGAUGUUUUAUAUUCCCCUCUUACUGUAACCGUGUCGCGACACCAUCCACGCAGAGGGAACUUAAGACACAAGUGGCGCGCGCGCACACACCCACUGCAAUGAGAAGGAAUAAAUCUGCUCUGCAUCUACGGAAGACUCCUGAAGGAACUGCAUUUUUUAUGAAUUCGCUUGAAUGUAUCUGAGGAAUCUCUGGACGAGGAUUACAAAAUGAUAUGUAAUUUAAAGCGCCUAUAACGGAUCCUUUCUUCAUCUCCUCUCCUUUAUGUCGGGUUUGCCUCCUGUAUUCAUUGUGCCCAAUGAGAAGAAUUAAGCUAUCCGUCCAUUCAGUUCCACUCAAAAGGAGGGAGGGAAAAAAAACAGAGGGAGAUGAGAGCAGCAAAUCCCUUUUUUAUUCAUCUUGUAGCGUUCAAUAAGUGAACAAUGUGUCGCCUAUCAGUCACCGAGGGGAUCAGGUCUACGGGACUGUCCCACGCGCUCAGUGCUGUGAGCAGAGCAUCACUAACACACAGACUGUAAGAGCAGCAGCAGCAGCAGCGGCGGCACUGGCACUGGCAUCCCAUCCAGGACCCUUUCUGUGACUUCUACGCUGAUUUUAUGAAUAAACUUUGACCCACGCUGUCAGUCGCACUGGAAUGUGGAGUGAUAUCAUGCGGGUACUCGCGUUGCUUCUCGCAGUCAAAGCGGCAUGUGUCCUCCUGGUCUCCUCUCUCACUGGCACAGUGGCGGUGAACAACAGCGGCCGGUGGUGGGGUAUUGUGAAUGUGGCAUCCUCGGGCAAUCUCCUCACCAACUCCAAGAAUGUGCAGUUGGUGUUGGACCCCAGCCUGGCGUUGCUAAGUCGUCGUCAGAGAAAACUGAUACGGCAAAACCCGGGCAUCUUGCACGCCAUUGCAGCAGGCCUGCAUACAGCCAUCAAGGAAUGCAAAUGGCAGUUUCGUAACCGCCGCUGGAACUGUCCGACCACCCACAGCCCCAACGUCUUUGGCAAAAUUGUCAACCGAGGUUGCCGUGAGACUGCAUUUGUGUUUGCCAUAACAAGUGCUGGUGUUACUCAUGCCGUGGCUCGGUCCUGCUCUGAGGGAGCCAUUGAGUCCUGCACCUGCGACUACCGGCGCCGGGGUCCUGGAGGGCCAGACUGGCACUGGGGAGGCUGCAGCGACAAUGUGGAAUUUGGCAGGAUGUUCGGGCGAGAGUUCGUAGAUUCCAGUGAGAGGGGCAGAGAUCUGCGGUAUCUGACCAACCUGCACAACAAUGAGGCAGGGAGAAUGACAGUCGCAUCAGAGAUGCAACAAGAGUGCAAGUGUCAUGGGAUGUCUGGGUCCUGCACUGUGCGAACAUGCUGGAUGAGACUGCCCAGCUUCCGUGUGGUGGGAGACUUCCUGAAGGACCGUUUCGACGGCGCAUCGCGAGUAGUGUAUGCCAACAAAGGCAGCAACCGUGCGUCCCAUCGAGCCGACCCCCGCCACCUGGAACCGGAGAACCCAGCACAUAAGCUCCCUUCAGCCCGGGACCUCGUGUAUUUUGAAAAGUCACCCAACUUCUGUUCCUACAAUGGCAAAACAGGCACACAUGGCACUUCGGGACGCACCUGCAACAGUUCAUCGCCGGCACUGGAUGGGUGCGAGCUGCUGUGCUGCGGACGGGGAUACAAGACUCGAAUGGAACAGGUCACAGAAAGAUGUCACUGUACUUUCCACUGGUGUUGUCAUGUGAGCUGCCUCAACUGCACCAGUACACAGACCGUCCAUCAGUGUCUAUGA